AUGAAACAAACUAAACCUUCCACACGUAUAUUUGUUAAUAGACUUGAGCCAUUAAAUGUUGAUGUAAGAGGAUAUGAGAAAUUUUCUAUAAAACAAAAAGGCUCUAUAAAUAACAUUAAAUUAACACAAUCUCCACGAAUCGAUUUUACUAACGUUUUACCUGAACAAAUUGUUGUACGAGUAAAAGCUGUUGGGCUAAACUUUAGAGAUGUAUUGAAUGUGUUAGAUUUGUAUCCCGGUGAUCCGGGUCCAGUUGGUUCCGAUUAUGCAGGAAUUGUUAUAUAUGCUGGAAAAAAAGUAAAUAAUAUUUCUGUUGGGGAUACUGUACUUGGUAUUCAUCCAGGCUGCAUUGAUUCUUUUAUUUGUGCAGAACCAAACUUAUGUCAGGUUUAUGCUUCUAAUUUAUUAAGCUAUAAUCUCGCAGCUAGUUUACCUGUUAUAUUAACGACUGUGUUCGAAACUUUACAUAAUAUUGCAAAAAUUAAACCCAAUCAAAAUGUUUUGAUACAUGCUGUAACCGGUGGAGUUGGAUGUAUUGCUAUUGAUUACUGUAAAUAUAUUGGAGCUAAUGUUUAUGGCACCUGCGGCUCGGACGAGAAGAAAAAUUAUGCUAUUAAAGUUGGAGUUAAAGCAGUAUUUUCUAGUAGAGAUGCAAACAAAUUCAAAGAAGAAAUGAAUGAAUACGAUACAAACUUAACUUUCGACUGUGUAAUUAAUUGUUUGACACAAGAUUUUAUACCGUUUACGUUAGAUAGAAUGAAACCAAAUGGUCAUUUUAUUGAAUUAGGAAAGCGAGAUAUUUGGCCUGUUUCAAAAGUAAAUUCAAAUUAUCCCAAUGUUAAGUAUUCAAUAUUAGCGAUAGACGAAGUUAUUCGUCACACACCCUUAACCUUUAAAAAGUUGUUAGGAGAUUCAUUAUAUUGGUAUAAAACUUGCAGAAAAGAAAAUUCUUUCCAGUUAUCUAUUACUCCAUUUAUUAUAAAUUCAAGUAAUCAACUACAAGAAGCUUUUAGAUAUUUACAAAAAGCAAAACAUAUUGGUAAGGUUGUUUUACAGAUGCCAAAUGUAUUAUCUACAAAUAUUAAUGACGUAUAUAUCAUUACAGGUGGUAAAGGUACAAUUGCAUUGGAAGUAUUAAAGUUUUUACUAAAUGAGGGUUGUUCAAAUAUUUAUUUACUUUGUAGAACUACCAAAAUUAAUGAAUCAAGUUUUGAAGAUUUAAAAAGAAAUUAUGAAGGUUCAUAUAUUACGCUUAAAGAAAUUAUAUGUGACGUUACUGAUGAAAAUCAUGUACUUAAUUGUUUAUCAAUAUUAAAACGUAAAGGACUUAAACUAAAAGGUAUCUUUCAUUUGGCAGGUAAGAAUAUUGAUUCUACUUUGACAAAUAUUAAGGAUAUUGAAACUAUUUCAGCGAUUACACAACCAAAGAUCAAAGGAUUGAUUAACUUUCAUAAUUCCCUAAUAAAACUUAGUUUAUAUAAUGAUCUAGACUUUUUCAUUAACUUUAGUUCUAUAAGUGCUAUAUUUGGAAAUGUCGGUCAAAUUUGUUACUCAGCCGCUAAUUCAUAUUUAGAUGAGUUUUCUGAAAAAAUGCCACAAAAAUUCAUGUCGAUUCAAUGGGGUCCUUGGAAUAACGCUGGAAUGGCUAAAACUCAUCUUAAUAGAAUGAAAAAUUUUGGUAUAACUGGUAUUUCUAAUGAAGUAGGUAUCAAAAUAUUAUACGAAUGCUUGAAAAAUAAAAACGAAUAUAGAAACAUUACAGCUGUUCAUCUUGACAUUAACAAAUUUGUUAGCAGCCAUAUUACAAUAAUGUCAGCUGAAUUGAAUAAUUUGUUAGAGGUUGGUUCGAAAGAUAAACGAAACCGAGCUGUAAAUAAACAAUUCGAAAAUUUAUCAGAGGAGGAGUUAACAAAAUAUAUAACAAAUAAAGUUCUUAAUGCUGCUGAAUCUCUAACUGGCAAUAAAGAAACACCGAAGUUAACUGAUACGAUUAGCACACUUGGAAUUGAUUCAAUAGCAGCUGUUGAAUUCCGUAAUUUGUUAUCUAGUGAAUUAGAUGUAAAAAUAUCUGUAACUGCGCUUAUUGACUACCCUACUUUAGGGGAUGUUACAAACCAUAUUAUCGAUUUAGUGAAGCUAAACAAUGUCAACGAGACAAACGAAAUAUCUAGACCUCUAUUUGAAAUAAUAGGAGAUGAAGUCAGCAAAAAUUUAGCAAAUGGCGUCGCAAUAAUUGGAAUGAGCUGUAGAUUACCAAGAGGCGAUAAUCCGGAGCGAUUUUGGAACACUUUACUUGAUGCAACUGAUUGCAUAAUAGAUGUUCCAAUUUCUAGAUGGAGUGCUGAUAAAUUUUAUAAUCCAGAUCCAGACGCGCCUGGAGUUACAACAUAUACUAGAAGAGGAGGAUUUGUUGAAAACGUACAUUUGUUUGAUCCACACUAUUUUGGUAUUGGACUGGUUGAAGCUAAAUCUAUGGAUCCCCAACAAAGAAUAUUAUUGACUUGUUCAGCAGAAACCUUUGCAGAUGCGGGAUAUACUAAAAAUGAAAUAGCAAACAGCGAUUUAGGUUGUUUUAUUGGUUGUUGUAAUGCUGAUUGGGUAACUUUACACACUAUAGCUGCUAUCAAUGUGUUUAGUGGUACAUCUGGAGCGGCUUCCAUUUUAUCAAAUAGAAUCAAUUAUUUGUUUAAAUCUAGAGGGCCAUCAGCAACAAUCGACACAGCUUGUAGCAGUACUUUAGUGGCGUUAGAUAUAGCUUUUAAUAAAUUGAUAUUGAACCAGGUAAAUUGGUGUAUUUUAGGAGGUGUUAACAUUAUGCUUUCGCCUAAUUUAUUUGUUGCAUUCUCUAAAGCUAGAAUGUUAUCUAAAGAUUGUUAUUGUAAGACAUUUGACGAAUCAGCAAAUGGAUACGCUAGAGGUGAAGGUUGUGCUACUUUUUUAUUGAAAAAUUUACAUAAAGCUCUAAAGGAUAACGAUAAAAUACAUGCUGUCAUUAAAGGAUCAUUCAGUAACCAUGUCGGCCAAUCUGCUUCUUUAACUGCACCAAAUGGUCCCGCGCAAGCUGAAUGUUUCAAGAAGGCACUUAAAAUAGCCAAUAUUAUGCCAAAUGAUGUUUCAUAUAUAGAAACCCAUGGAACUGGUACACCUCUAGGUGAUCCAAUUGAGAUAGGUGCUAUCAAAACUGUCUAUGGUGGCGAUAGAGCUUUCCCGUUAAUUUUAGGGGCUGGCAAAACCAAUAUUGGUCAUUUAGAAGGCGCUUCCGGAGCUGCUGCGCUUGUAAAAGUUAUUUUAUGUCUAAAAUACAAAAAAGUGCCAAUGAAUUUGCAUUUUAAAAAGUUAAAUCCAUAUAUCGAUAUGAAAGGAUUGAAUGCGAUAUUCCCAACUUCUGUGAAUGAUCUUAAUUUAGCUAAUAAUGAAAAGCUAUAUAGUGCUUUAAGUAGCUUUGGUUUUGGUGGAUCCAAUGCUCACGUUAUCAUGGAAGCAUAUAACCAAGAAAAGAUAGAAAAUAAAAUUGAAGAAACAUAUGCAAAGCCGAAAGUAUGCUUUUUGUUUACUGGUCAAGGAAGUCAGCAAGUCAACAUGGCUUUAGAUUUAUAUUCAAGAAAUGAAAUAUUUAGAAAGGAAUUUAAUCAAAUAGCCGAAGCUUUCAUAGAGCUAGAUAUUGUUGAUAUACGAGAGUAUAUUUAUCCAACUUUAUUUCCGAAACUCAGGAUUAGGUUAGAAAAAGAAUAUAAGGGUGAAGACGUACUUGAUAAAAUCAAUACUUUAUUAUAUGCUACUGAUGUUGCUCAACCAGCUAUAUUUGCCUUUGAAUUGGCAUUGGUUAAGUAUUGGAAGCAUUUAAAUAUUAUUCCUGAUUAUGUUAUAGGACAUUCUCUUGGUGAAUAUGUAGCAGCUGUUUUAUUAAAUAUCAUGUCUCAAGAAGAUGCUAUUAAAUUAGUAGCAAUACGCGCUAAGCUGAUGCAAAAAUUACCUUUAAAUGAAGGAGUAAUGUAUGCAUUUAAAUGUUCUGAAGCUAUUUUCAAUGAUAUGCUUGAAAAAAUCACAGAUUCUAGUUUAGAUAGAUCGACUUUUUCAAUUGCUGCAAUUAAUGCUCGAUCAUCUAUUGUAGUUAGUGGAGAAAAAAACAACGUUGAAAAACUUUUAGAAUUUUUCCCCAACAUAAGCAAGAAAAAGCUAAAUGUAUCGCAUGCAUUUCACAGUCCUAUGAUGAAUCCUAUAAUAGACGAAUUUUAUCAACUUUCCAAUACAAUUCAUUUUUUGAAACCUAAUUCUGAAUCUAAGUUUAUUUCAACUGUCACAUGUUCAGUUGAAACUGAUAUAGUAGCUGGUGCUGAUUAUUGGAGAGAUCAUAUAUCUAAGCCCGUUAGAUUUUAUGAUUCCGUUAAACAACUAAUUGAAACUUACGACGUUAAUUAUAUUAUUGAAAUAGGACCAAAACCAAUUCUUAUCAAUUUAGUUAGACAGCAAUUAAUGCAAAGAACAAGGGCUGCUUCAGAUAAUAAAGAAAUUUUAAUGCAUACAUUAGACAGUAUUGAUGGUGAACCUGUUUUUUGGAAUUUCUAG